GUCUGGGAGUUAAUGAACAGCAGUGUAUUUAUUUGUAACGUGAGACACAGCCGUAAAUUGAGCACGUGUUUAUAACCACACCUAACCUCUAAUUUUUUGAAUGUUGUAAAUAUUAUGCUUCAUGGCAGAAGCUUUAAAGGAACUUGUGGGCUUUUUACACAACGAAAAGAGGCCCGAUUUACAGAUAUUAGCUUUGGACAGCAUUUUAGCAACGACCGGAACCACUGAAGGAAUCGACUUAAUUCUGAAGGACGACGUUAUAGUCAAGAAUCUAAUUAACUUACUUAGAAGUCCCAGUUUAUCGGUUAAACGCACAAGCGCCUCGGCGCUCGUGAACCUUUCCGCGUACGGCGAUGGCCCCGGAACAUUGCUCGGGGCAGAGGAGAACAGCCUGGCUGUCGUACUCGUCGAAGGCAUUACGGAUCCAGAUUGCGAAGUAGCGGAUUUGUUUUGCAUGAUUUUGUCAAAUAUAACUCGCACCGAGGACUGUGCACUGGUGGUAAUCGGCUUGAUCGAUUUGGAAACGAUCGUCAACAUCGUGACAAAAGUGAAAUUUAACAAUAAGGCUAAUAACCUUCACUACUUAGGCGUGGUACUCUCGAAUUUGUCGCGGCAUAAAGUUGUACGCGACGCCAUCGUCGAGACCUCCAUUCAGAAGUUAUUGCCGUUCACAGAAUUCGAUGGAUCCGUCGUUAAGCGAGGCGGAAUUGUAGGGACUAUUCGCAAUUGCUGUUUCGACAUUGAACGUCACGGCUGGCUUUUAAGCGACGAGGUCGAUAUACUCCCGAGACUGCUUCUGCCGCUAGCCGACGGUACCGAGUUUAGCGACGACGAGUACGAAAACAUGCCGCUCGAGUUGCAGUACCUGCCGAACGACAAGCGGCGCGAAGAAGACCCCGACAUUCGGUGUAUGCUGAUCGAGUCGAUCACGCAACUGUGCACGUUACGGGCGAAUCGAGAGAUCGUGCGAAGCCGCAACGCCUAUCUGAUUUUACGCGAGCUGCAUAAGUGGGAGAAGGAUCGCAAGGUGUUGCUCGCGUGCGAGAAUUUGGUUGACAUACUUAUUAGAACCGAAACCGAGAUUGGAAAGGAUAACAUAAAGGACGCCGAGGUGCCCGACGAUCUAACGAAUGUGUUCAGUAAAAUGGAUAAGGAUUUUUUGGAUAAUUAAAUUUUGUUUCCGUUCAUUUUCUUUGCGUCCCCGGAAGAUCUGCAAAAAUGUCCUUUACUCGUUUUAUUAAAUCGCCAAGUUA